AUCUAUUGACUAAUUGCACUUAGCUAGCCUUAAUUACAAAUCCAUUGUUAUUAUUAUCACAUUUAUUCUUAAAGCAAACAUGCGCUUCAUCAAAUCCUUCUUCAUAUCCCUCUAUAUUAUAACUUCUCAUAUCUCAAUACAAGCAAACGCAAUAAUCGACAUACAAAAUAAUUGUCCCUUCACGGUAUGGGCAGCAGCCGUCCCCGGUGGGGGACGACAACUCGAGUAUGGUGAUACAUGGAAAAUCGAGCCAGACAUGACAACGAGCUCAACUAAAAAGGGUCGUAUUUGGGGUCGAACCAAUUGUAAUUUUGACUCAUUAGGCCACAGUCAAUGCCAAACGGGGGAUUGCAAUGGACUGCUCGAAUGUCAAACUUUUAGUAAUACACCCCCAAACACUUUGGCUGAAAACGCUUUAAACCAAUACAACAAUAAUGAUUUCUUCGACUUAUCUCUUGUUGAGGGUUUCAACGUCCCAAUGGAAUUUAGUCCUGUGUUCGCGGAUGAGUGCUCUACUAGGAUCAGAUGCACCGCGGACAUCAUAGGACAAUGUCCAAAUGAAUUAAGGACACCUGGAGGAUGCAACAAUCCUUGUACGAUUUUCAAGACGGACGAAUAUUGUUGCACGUCUGGAAAUUGUGGUCCGACCAACUAUUCGAGGUUCUUUAAGGAUAGAUGUUCAACUUCUUUUAGUUAUCCUGCAGAUGAUUUAAGUAGUCUCUUCACUUGUCCUAGUGGAACUACCUAUAGAGUUGUCUUUUGUCCGUAACGUACAUCAUACAUAAAUAUGUUUUUUUAACUCAACUCCAACUCAUAUUUAUGUCCUUCAACUUUGGGUGUGCAUAGGUAGACACUUAAAGUGCACACACGUCCUAUAUGUGGCAUCCUACAAAGCAAUUUUCAUCCUACGUGGUGUGUUAUGUGUAUUAUGUCACAUAAGACUCAUGUGUCUAAUUGUUCAAUUUUAUACAAGUUAAAGUGUCUGAUUGUGCACACCCAAAGUUGAAGGGUGUAAAGAUGAAAUGAGUUCAAGUUAAGAACAUAUUUAUGUAUUAUGACUAAAUUAAAUGGUUGAAACAUAUUUUCUUCUUUAAUUGUUGCUUCUUUAAGAUGUUUGAAAUUUCUAUGACAUAUUUUUUUCUUUAA